GACAUUUUAAGCAAUGGUGGUUAGUUAGGCAUGCAGCAGGAAUGUUGAAGAAACGGGUUGAAGACCUGGCCCUCGCAGCCACUGAUUUACUUGUGCGUCAGAAACAGCUCUCAGUUGGGCUACCCCCUGAUAGCGAGAAAACUAUUACAAGCCCAUUACCACCAGAUGAGCUUGCCACCAUUAUAUACAGUGUAUGUGGGGAAGAUCUCAGCACGGCUUCUCUUACACAGGAGCUGUUGAUAUACUUAGCCAUGUUUAUCAGAACAGAACCUAAACUUUUCAAUGAAAUGUUACGAUUAAGGGUUGGUCUGAUUAUACAAGUGAUGGCUACAGAGUUGGCACGUCUCUUCAAAUGUACAGGAGAAGAGGCCAGUGAUCAUCUUCUGAACCUGAGUCCAUAUGAACUUAAAAUGAUGUUACAUCAUAUAUUGAGUGGCAAAGAGUUCAUGAUUACAACAGGGGAGGAUGUAGACAGAGAAACCAUUUUGGAAUUAUUAACAACGGAUUACGAUGAUGAAUACAAGCUGUCUGUCGUCACGAAACACGCUAAAAAAGAGACGUCUGCAUUUGCGGAGAGAUUGAGUAAAACGUCGACCCCCUCCAAGGUACCAGGUGUGAGCUUCACACCUCCUGGAACAACCUCCAGAAAGAGUGACAUGUUUGAGUCAGAAAUGGAGGACAGACAAGGUCAGUGGCUACGAAGGAGGCGCCUUGAUGGCGCACUUAAUAGAGUACCUGUUGGUUUCUAUACUCAAGUCUGGAAAGUAUUAGAGAAGUGUCAUGGUCUGAGUAUCGGAAAUCAUUUCUUGCCACACAGUCUUACAAGAGAAAUGACAUCAGGGGAGUUCAAGUUUGCGUUACAAGUGGAGCGUGUGUUAAACAUGAUACCACAGCCGGAGUUCCGACAGAUGAUGGUAGAAGCGUUGAUGGUUACGACAAUGUUGGUGGACGGUGACUGUCGUAUCAACCUGAGUGGUCAAGUCAUACACAUUGAUAAAAUUGUAUUCAAUGCAAAUGAUAUAUUCAUUCAAGAACAGAAAAUCUCACCGGAAGUUGUGGCCUCUUCACAGGGAGCUGCAGGUAUAUGUCAGCAUUUAUUUGAUACAGCCCCUAGUGGGAGAUAUGGUACAAUGUCUUAUAUGGCACGAGGACUUGCAAUGGCAUUAAAUCUCGAUCAGCAUCAGAAUCUGGAGUGCAGUAUUAGCUGAUAACUCCACACGCAGCUUUCUGAGAGGACUGAUAUAAAUGAUAUGGAGUCUAAUACUGCAAAUUCACCUAAUUUCGUUGGCAUGGAAUUUUGUGGUUUUGUCACAAAGAACAUUUUUGUGUGUACUUAAAUUUGUGGAUAAAUUUAAAUAAUGUGAUGCAAAAUAUCUUACAGCAGACAGAAUGAAAUUUCAUUGGAUCUUAAUUUCAUGGUUAGACCUAUCCAUGAAAACCACAAAAUUCAGCACCCUCUCAAAUAGUAAUGAUUUUGCAGUAUCCCUUUUCCAGGAAAAGAUGUGUUGUGAACAGCUUUUAUGUAGAGAGUCAUGUUUACAAACAUGUUUACUCUGUUUCAAGCCUUCAUAACCAUUUAAGAGUGAAAGUUUUAAGAUGCUUGUAGUAAAAAGCUAUAGUUAUAGUGAAUUUACUGUCAAACAGUAUUUUGUUUUCAUCUAUGCGCAAGUUUCCUAAGAGAUCUGAUUUGUCCUUGUAAAUGCAGGCUUAUUCUUUUCAGGUGUUCUUAUUUGUUGUUUUCAUCAAUUCUCUUCAAUGUUGGCAGAUUGAUUUUUAAUACUACCUGGCUUUUAUUCAUGCAAAGCUUGCGGCUGCCUUAGGGUAGUUGUUGAUGUGCCAAAUGUCUGUUUUUGCUUUAUUCCUCAUAGUCUUUGUACAAAAAAGUGGAUAACAAUUGAGCUUCUCAAAUAAGGACAAUAUUUAUAUGUAUGAAAUACAUUACUGGCGCAUAUUAUUGUGUGUUAGUUACACUAUUUGCACAUAUUUACAUGUGUUAGUUACAUUACUGGCAUAUACUUACAUGUGUUAGUUACACUAUUGGCAUAUAUUUACAUGUGUUAAUUAUGCUACUGGCACAUAUUUUCAUGUGUUAUCAACAUGUUAUUUGUUUUUAACUUUGGCAAAUGUAUAUGAAUUGUUACCUCAUAAAUCUUAUUACCCUUGGCAAACACACAUGGGGUUGGCUAAGUGAUCAACAGGACUUACUUGUACUCUCAGGGUUGCCAUCUACCUAGAUUGAAACCUUGUAACUGGCAAGUCAUUGUUACCUUGAAAAAGAAACUUUACACUGAUUGUUCCAGGAAUGGAUUCAAGAUUGUGUUGCUUCCUACACAAUCAAACUAAAAUAAAAAUUCUAUAUACAUUAAAUGCACAUGUGUUAGUUUACUGUUAUUAUCAGCCUUAUUUUUCCAGAAUUAUCUGGUAUCUAAACAUGUUAUCAAACCACUUGCCCAUUACCGCUGUGGGUUUGAAUCCUGCCAGGGACUUUUUAUUCUUUCAUGUACAGAAGCUAUCCAGCUAGUAUAUAGAACAUUAGUGGUUCUACUCAGGUGCCUGCUUGUGUCUGACAUAAUGCAGGGAGGUGUACCCGAGGUCGUCCUCCACCAGUAAAGAUAGAAAGACACAUAAUGUCCUCUAUAGUGUUGGUGUGAUGUAAAAAUGGAACAAAAAAUAAACAUGUUAACUUGAAUGUACCUCAAUUUUAACAUUGAGUUUGGUAUGUAUAGGACAAAAAAAAUAAAUUGGCAGUUAAAUAUUUGGACAUUUGCUUCAGAUGAUUUUAAACAGUUGGCACUCAUUAGUUUGUACUACUUCACAGUUCCUUUCCCACAUAUGUUGACACUGCUUAAUGAGAGCAUUAUUUGUCAUUUUGAUGCCUGAAGAAUUAUUUUAAAACAGUUGCAGUGAGUUUUAUUUUACCUGUUAAUUGAAUUUGUAUAUUGAAGUAUAGAUUGGUAAAUUAUGUAUUUUUCACCAGAAUGUUUAUGUUGAUAUUCUUUUAAAGGAACUCCGUGGAGGUUCAAAACCUGAAAAACAUAAAAUUGGAAUUUCUUACAAAGAUCAGAUGGGGCAUUCAAAACAAAAAGAUAUGCAAAAAAGAAUAAAACUGACAAAUAAAUUGAAAAUUGUAUUUUUGUGCUAUUCUUAGUUUGAUUUGAGUGGAAAGCAUGUCAACGCUUUUCAAUUUUGGAAUAUUUUUCACAGUUACAAUAAUUAUUCUGAAAAAAAGAAUGAAUGAUCUGAAAUUCUGCACAAAAGUUUAUACUAAUUUUAGUCUAGACCUACAUCAAGUUAAACAUUAAUCUUGAAAAAAGAUAUACUUCCAGUCCCAUCAUGUCAAAAAACUUCAGUGGAGUCCCUUUAAUUCUUUAUAAUAUGGGCAUUUACAAUGAUAUAUUUAAAUUCAUAACUAAUAAGAAAGGUAACAUUCAAGCAACAUUUUUAUGUGAGUUUAUACAACUAUUUAAUCACUCAACUAACAUAUUUGAGGGACAAGUACGCCUACAUAAGUGUCUACAUAAUUGAAAUUUUAAGCUUUUACCUUUGUUCACAGUAAAAGGGUCCUGUUUUAACUAAUUUUUUAUCCAAUGUUUUAAAAUCUUAGCAAUAUUUGUAAAUAAUUAUGAAAUUUUUUAUAAAUUGAUGUAAAAAUGACAUUUUACAAGAAACUUUAUCUAU